GUGGUCUAAGACUUCUGGAAUUUACAGAAUACCAUCUGGGCAUGAAAUAAAAUAGAUGGUGCAGUAAUGAUAAAGGUCUCAAAAAUCAAGCAUUUGACCUUUCAGGGCAUGAAAGGCUCAAAAAUGUGGGUAAUUACAGGACUAUUCUUAUGUCAUACUAUACUUUAGUGGUGUGAAGUCUUAUCAAAACUACAAUUAAACAAAUUAUAAUAAUCAUGGGGCUCUAGGGCCCCCUGGGGGUAACUCAGCUGUGCUAUUUUGAUUGAUAUAUUUUAUUACGAACAUGUAAAAACAAAAGUAAACAGUAAAAUUAAAGCAAAGUGAAGAACAAGAAACAUUUAAUGAAUAGUAAACCUCUACAACAAAUCCAAUAAAGAAUAAAGUUAUCAAAUAAGUAUAAUAGAGUAAAAGUACAAUAUUUAUAAGUUUAGUGUUACCUAUUACCUCAGAACUCUACCGUAAAUGUACUCAGUUAUAUUCCAAACUGUAUGUGCAGGUUCAUUUACUUACUGAUUUUCUUUAUCUUUUGAUACACAGUACCAUUUCCAAACAGACCUGCCAUUUCUGUGAAUAUUACCAAUCCCCAAAUAUUUUCUAUCGCCCAAAUACAUACAAUACAAAUAUAUACACAUCCCUCUGUAGUGUUUGGAGCGUUUACGUGGGGUCCGUGAAGGCACCACGGACCUGGGUUCUCCUUCUACGUCAAUGACACUGGGCGGUUCAUGAAUGGGCUUCUGAAGUGGGAGGGCCCGUCAUCUGACUUCACCAGGCAGGCAGCAAAAAAAAAAAAAAAAAAAAAAAAAGUGGGUGUUGUGCUGUAGUGUUUGGUCUGGUGCGAUGCAUCUUCAUGACUGUUUUUAAACACACGAGCAGCGGGUUCACUGUGCUUACGGACCGCAGCGGAGCGACGAGUCCCGAGCCGAGCCGAGCCAGCCUCCAUCAGUUGAGACGUUCAGGCCGACAGCAGCCGUGCAGCGGGGGGACAGCUAGCUCCAGCCCAGGCAGCCCAGAGCCAGAGGAGGGAGAGCCGAGUCGGUGAGCCAUGGGUUUCCGCAAGAAGAACAAGAGCCCGCCGGUGCUGAGCCACGAGUUUGUGAUCCAGAAUCAUGCCGACAUGGUUUCGUGUUUGGCCAUGAUUAUCCUCCUCGGCCUGAUGUUCGAGGUCACGGCGAAGUUUGCCAUCAUGUUCAUCACAGUCCAGUACAACGUAACACAAGUUCUUGAUGAGAAGAGCGAGCCAGUGAACCUUUACCAGUACGGCCCUAAAGAUGUGGCCACUGUGUUUUUUUACCUGCUUAUUGCCGUCAUCCUCCAUGCCUUGAUACAAGAAUAUAUUCUCGAUAAAAUGAACAGGAGGUUGCACCUGUCAAAAACCAAACACAGCAAGUUCAAUGAGUCCGGACAGCUGGCGGCGUUCUACCUGUUCUCCUUCAUCUGGGGCUGCAGCAUCCUCACAGCGGAGGACUUUGCAACAAAUCCUACCUUCUUAUGGGAGGGUUAUCCACACACUCGCAUGGUUUUUCAGGUCAAGUUCUUCUACAUUUGCCAAAUUGCCUAUUGGCUCCAUGCACUUCCUGAGCUGUACUUUCAAAAAGUACGGAAGGAGGACAUCCCCCGCCAGCUCUAUUACAUUUGCCUUUAUGUUGUCCACAUCACUGGUGCCUAUGUCUUAAACCUCCACCGGCUGGGCCUGGUGUUGCUGGUCCCUCACUACCUGGUGGAGCUCCUGUUCCACGCUUCACGCCUCUUCUACUUCAGCGAUGAGAACAAGCAGAAGGGUUUCACUCUGUGGGCGCUGCUGUUUGUCAUUGCCCGCCUCCUCACCCUCACACUCUCAGUGCUGACGUUUGGCUUCGGGCUACCCCGUACAGAAAACCAGGGCUUUUCUCUAGCGGAGGGCAACUUCAAUGUGCUCACCAUCAGGAUGACUUGUCUGGCAGCUAUCUGCCUGACACAGGCCUGGAUGAUGUGGAAAUUCAUUAACUUCCAGUUGAAAAAGUGGAGGGAGCACAGCCAGAACCAGGCCUCAAAGAAGAAGGCAGUCAGCCCAAAGAGCAAGCCUCACAAAAGGGAGACUACAAGGGGAGGUGCUACUAACGGGGUCGUGAAGUCUGACGAUAAAACAUCACCACAGGCAAGAAAAGCCAAAGCUUCGUAAAGACGGAAGAAGUGAGGGAGUUCUGACAAUGUGACAUUACGUCUUUACACAACUUCAAAUUUUGUUGUCUGCUCUCCAAAUCAAAUGUUUAAGCGCACUAAGAAACCUUACACAACUCUCCUUUUCGGGGUUGACACUCCUUUUUCGAGAAAGCUCAGUGUUACUGUCUCCUAGAAAUGUUUAUUAUCAUUAAUUUGGGUUCAGGGCAGAUGAGAUGUUGAAAGGGCAGUGCUGGUUUUGAUGCUUUAACGGGAUAGAUUAAGCUCUUCAAAGUGUCCUUUAGUGUAAAACUACGAUCACUCGGCGGGUACUUCAAACUGAGUUGCUCUUCGGCAAAUUUGACGUGGAAUCCAUUAACACAGUACCUUUUUUAAAAAGCAGAUUUUGACUUCAGGGCAACUUAAUGUAAGGUGUCAAUGUACAGAUUAAGUGUUCGGGGUGUCAUUUUAAGUUUGGGCCAGUUAAACUAGCGGAAAAGCAGGCCACUGGCUCAAGUCCCAAAAUAAAAGCCUUUCUUCCUCUGCAAGACAGCACUUCAAUAUUCUGCUGAUGUCAGGAAAAGAUCUUAAAUUAAUUGCUCCAGAGGGAUAUUUGUGCUAUUUAGGUAUUUGGCAUGACCGCAGCCAGAAAACUGAAGCUUGUACUUAACUCCUUGAUCAUUUACUGCCAUUAUUUGACAGCCUUCUGCCUUUGAAAUCCAAGACUUUACAGGAUUGAGGCGACCGGUGUGUUUCUGUCCGCUUUUCUCACUACCAGCCUGGUAAUCAGCUUCACCCUGUCCCAGGGAGGGCGCGGCCAGGUCAGGUGACUCACCGGGAGGAAGCUGUACUGUAACCUGUGAUGCUGUACUGUAUGCAUACAGUUAAAAUUUUAUAGCGGCAUGAUCGGAAACUUGAGCAAGAAAACUGUGUUCGAGGCUGCGAUUCAGUCUUUUAUAUGGUAAUGUCGAUGCAUGAUGGUUUAAGGCUAAAGACUUUAUGGCUAGUGACUACCUGUGCUGUUGAGUUUGCAUCUCUCUCUCUCACACACACACACGCACUCGCACACACACACAAGCAUUCAGAGGCCUUUUUAAAACUGCUGCAAGAGGUUUGAGUUAUUUAUUUUUGCCAUAUACUACAGAUGGUUAUUAUUUUCUAUGCUUUGAGAAGCUAUAACCAGCAGACACGGCGGUACAUAGCAACUGCGUUUAGUUAAUCCAAACAAUACAAUCUUUCUUCAAGUGUCCUUAUGAUGGCAGUGGUUUGUAUCACUCGUUUUGCUUGUGUUGCGUUCUGUUUGCCUUCUACGUUCUUCUACGUUUUGUUUUUUUUAUUAUUCUUGGGUAUCAGGGGACAAGCUGUUGAUCACUUACACUAAAAGUUACAUCCCAUGGUGCAAUGGGAGGUGUGUUUGUAUGCCUGGGCACUUCGUGUGUGUGUGUGUGCGCGCGCAGUAUUGUUUUGCCUACUGUGUGUGUGAAUUAACUGGGCGUGAAUGAUGAUGAUGAUGAUGAUGAUGGUAAGGACAGCGAUGUUUAUUGCUCGUCUCGUAAAAAAAAUAUAUAUAUUGCCUGCGUGCAGAGCAUGAAUUGUGACAAUCUGUUCACCGACUCCUGCCCCCGCGGGUUCGCGGUCACACCCUGUCUUUUGGUUCCCUUCGCUUCUGUGAGUGAAACACUGAGUUGUGGAUAGGUGUACGUUCUAUAGGUUACUAAAUGCUUAUGUGUUCAAUGUCUCUGCCCCUCAGAUGCCCUUUUUCCUGAGUGAGAGAGAUUCUGUGAUUUCUGUUUGCCAAACGUGGCAUGUCUUGUCCUCCUCGCUCCACCUUUUCAAUGAUCCUGACAUUGCUCCGGAGCACACGUAUUGUACUGUUGGCCAAAGUCUUUCCUCUCACGGACAAGGUCCCGCUCUACUAAUAAACCACUGUGCAUGUGAAGCUCUCUGCAGAUACGACUGUAUCACCUGAGAGUUUGGAGUCCUUUAGUCUAGAGCCAGGGAGGAAAUGAAGAUGCCAUCCAUUUUUGCUCCCUUUAGCGCUCCUUAUUGGGACUGUGGUGGUCUUUUUAAAGCCCGAUGUCUGUGUAUGGCAGUGUCAUAGGAGGGAAGGAGGAGCAGAGGACGUAUGUACCAGCCUGUUACUAAACUGUCUCAGAUGUAAAAGAGAAAAAAAAAAAAAGGCUGACUUAACCCUACACUGUACUAAAAUAUGUGUCAGAUUUUUAAGCUAUUUUUAUAGAGGGGGAAACUGUUGAAAUUCACUGUUGUUCAGUACACACGUGUGAAUAUUUGUUUUGCAUCCAUAUUGAUAUGAAUUGUUUUUUAUAUAAGAAUGAAGCUUGCUGAACUGUUAGCGUGGGUAUACGUUGUGGUAUGACUGUACAAACUGACUUAGCCUAAUGGUUUAUUUAACUUCAUGGCCUUACUAGAGCAAAGUGAACUCGGUUGUAUAACAGCGCUCGGUCGACUGCAGCUCUCUACAACUACAUGUUUUAUCAGACACACCGUCAUAUUGACACUAUUGCAUCAGUUUAAUACUAUACGUUCAGAGGAGCAAAUGGUCGGUAUAGUGAUUUAUUUGUGUGACGAUUACAGGCCUGGAUGCAGAACCGACAAACUACAUGUUGCGGGGUGAGACCUACUGUGAGCUUUUCUCGCUCAUCAGAUGUCACACUGUGCAACAAUCGGCAGACGUUACUGCUCUGAAACGUGUGCCGCUCUGCAGUCCCCCCCCCUUGCUUUGAGACACAAUAGCCUGUAUAAUCCCACAGGAAUGCACUUUUUUUUUUGUUUGUUUUUGCAUAAUAUGCAUCACGUCCGGGCACCGUAACACUGCUCACUUUUGCUGUUUUGUCUGCAUUGAUUCUCGAUGAUUUUAUGAAUUGGAGCUGCUCGAUUUCCAAACUAUGUGCAUUUUGUAAUUUGUUGAAAGCUGAAAAACUGCAAUGAUUCAACUGUAUGAGCAGCCUCUAGGUGGCAACAAUCAUUAAUGCAUCUGACCACAAGAUCACUUCUAAAAAUAAGGAAAAAAAAAAAAAGAGAGACCUGCACAGCAGAGACACACACGUUCAUUGUAUUCUAUUAAUUCAUCCUGCAUUGUCUUUGAUUUGUUUUUUAUUUUGCUGCUUGUUUAUAGAUGUGCCGGUAUAUUUCCUUUUUCAAGAUAUGUUGUCUCUGAACUGCUCUGAUGGUAUAUAUUUAUGCAAAUUCUCGUGAGUUCUGAUCAUUUUUUUUCUUUGUCAUUGUUUUUUUUAAUUUCAUGUUUGAAUAAAGCUUUUAUUCAUUAUGCAAA